AUGUCCCAUGCCCAGUGGCGAGUCGGAAUUUUUCGUUCAACACUAAGAAACUUUGUUCGAACUAACGACAUUGACUCAUUCGCACCUCAUUUCAAGCGUAAUUUGCGCCUUGACGCCCGGGCCAGAACAGCGCGGUGGGCCCAUUUCCGACCGCGCCAUGGAGGACAUUGGCCCCCCUUACUCAAGACUUUCAUUGAUAUCCGUCAUAGCUUGGACAAGUCCGGGUCCAACUCCGGCGAAGAGCUCCCGAGCCCCAGGCCGGACGAAAUCCCCCGUCCACCCCUCAACAUUAUGAGAGCUGCUGUGGGGUUGAGUCCAGAGCAGCCUACGCCACGGGCGCUUCCCAAGAUCUCCCAAGAUCCCAAAGUCGCCAUCAAUGGGAAACCCUAA